AUGCUGAAGCUUCUGCGACAAUGGACUUCCCAACUGACAAAACCGAGCGGUCCACCCUUACCCCUCGAAAUCGUGGAACUUGUCAUCGACGAGCUUGGAAACCAUCGCGACAAUCCAGAAUGUCUUCAAGCUCUGCUCGCCUGUGCGCUGGCGUCUCGACCUCUUACUCAACGAUCCCAGCACCACGUCUUUUCUCGUAUCAUCCUCUCAAUGACUAGGGAGAGUGAACCAGGGCGCCUUAUGCAACGUAUCAAGGCCUUGAACUGCAUUACAGAAGCGAAUCCGUCUCUCACAAUCCACAUUAGAUCAUUCAAGUUGUCGAUACAUGGAUCCGUGGAAAUCAUCCGGCAGAUAUUGGAAAGCCCUCACAUGGUUAGCGUUCUGAGGAUGCUGUCGAAGGUCCAGCUUCAGGAGGUCGGAGUCACCAUUGGCGUUGGGAAUCACAGAGGGGCAAACUGGGAGACUUGUAGAGCAUUCUUUGGUGCCCUAGAUGUGCUCGUUCGUUCUCCCUCCUUGACAAGUCUCUGUCUCGAGAAUAUGGCCGGAGUGCCAACGACACUCAUACAACAGACCCAGCUGAAGAAGAUUAGCUUACGACAGUUGAAUCUCGUCAAAUCUUCCUUUCCACCCAGUCUUUCACCCAGUCUUCACCUCGAAUCUAUCGCAGUUGACUGCUCGUUCCCUUUCAGGCGCCUCAUUGUCCCAAGCGACGAUGACAUUUACAUGUCAGACAACUUUGCUCCUUAUCCUCCCUUCCCAUCCGUCAAGCAUGUUUCCCUCUUCAUUGAUUAUUCAGAAGAUAUAGGUGAUACGGCGUCCCUCCUCUCUUCUUGUCCAGGGCUCGAGACGCUACGUCUGGAGCAGUCGGCUAACGCAACGCGAGCACGAUUUGGGAUCAUUACUGGCAGCCACUCCAGAAUCCCGUUUGUAGACCUCCCCAAGCUCCGUCGCAUCGUCUUCCGUUACCAGGCUCCCAUCAGAUACCACCAUCCAGCGGUGGCAUUGAGCGCGCUCAGGGACGUUCUCGACGACCAGGAGAAUGUUGCCAUCUCGUUGGAGGAAAUUAAUAUCGAACUGAAGAUCGUCCACGAAUUCUCGUUGAGGUACGCGUAUCCGUGUGAACCAGCAUGGGUUGCAGUGGAUGCAGCGCUGAAGGCGGAAAAGUGGGCCCACGUAAGGCGAGUCAACCUCUUCCUUGAUUUCAAGUACAAAUACAUUUGGACGGCGCGCGAUGGCGCUUUCGACGAACGGGUAUUCUUGAAGCGGUGUCAAGAUCAGUUGGCGAACAUCUUCCCCUCCCUAACGAAAUCGGACAAGGUCUUGACACUCAAAGUAGUGCCUACUCAUAUGGACCCUGAUCAGACCUAUUACUGA